UAUUGUGAGCUUGUGAGUAGGUGUCAGACACAAYUCUAUCUAAAAUGCAGACAACUCCUGGCAUACUGUGUCUUUUCUUAUCAACAGUAUASAACACAAUGGCACUCAGGGCUUUUCACAACAACCCGGGGAUUGGAGGUUUUGGUGAAAGCACCCCAGUUCUCCUUGACGACAUAACCGUUGGUACGCACCGCAAGCGCAACGACCGGACGACUUCCUCCAACGGCAGGGAUCCAGUGCUCGGACGACACACCUCAAAUCGUGACAAUGGUGCUUCGGAUGCGAGCAGCAUGGCGAMCAGCAACGUUGGAAACGGGGACCUGCUCUGCCAAAUCGUGAAGGAACUCGUGGACAACGCUGUUGACGCUUGCCGGAGUCCCCGUUGCUCCGACGAAGCGGAAUAUUGCAAYSGGUGCGACGACUCACCAAAUACAAGUGAAAUUAAACCGAAGAAGCGAAUACGGGUGGACAUACGACCUCCCAAGGAGCAGAGAAACCGUCACGGUGGGCUUCUCCAAAUCACUGUUACCGACAACGGAUGUGGAAUGGAGAACAUACAGCGUUGUGUGGAUGCCUUUCAAACCAGCAAGGAUGGGAACCAAGAGGCAAGUAGGUCCAAGGCCGGCAAAGAAAAAAGGAAUCGCAACACCAAUGCCAAGAACAAUGCUGGCAAUGAUCCCGGCAGCUUGAGCAGCCACACCAGUGGACGAUACGGAAUUGGCUUGACGCUCUGCCUAUUGCAUGCGCAGCGCUGCGUACCGAAUUCCAGGUCCUGCAUUUCCUCCGCAACCCCACGCUCGAAGCAUCGGACUCGUGCCUUCUUCGAGGUCRAUAAACWGGGAGAUUYGGUAGAUUGCGUUCAAGAAGAGGUCUCCCGUUCCGGCAGCGGAUCCGAGGGGCCAGAAUCGGGGACCUGCGUAAGUCUCUUGGUACCGGUACGUUCCCUACUAGUAGGUUGUGUAUACGUUGCACCCGAGUAUUUUGGAUCCGUGCGAUGCAGAUCCGYACUUUCCUUGGGUCGUCUUCUCUGAUACACCGCGAUUCUUUUUUGGCUUCGAUUUAGGGCGGAAAGGCCGCAAAGGUAGCUUGGCCAAGGCUGUGUGACUACUUUACUCGCUUUCGACUCUGCCCACAGCUCCACUUCGAACUCGAUGUCUUUGCACCAACUYUCUCCAAGCUUCCAAUCUUUGUCCGUCGUCUGAUAGUCAAUCCAAGAGCGACGGAUCAAAGCACGGAAAGAAGUUAUUGCCCCUCAAAAAAUGCCGACCCGUGGGAGGAUCUGAUGGACGACGAGAACGGCGAAGACGACGACCAUCUAGCCGAUGAGAGAAAGGAACAGCCCAAGGAUGAUCCGAAUCACACCAGUAYCACAACUUGCCAGAAAAAAGAUCUUGAUCGUCUAGCUUUUUUUCGUGCCGCCAAGAUCUAUUGGCCGAAACGCAAGAUUGAAUACCAGAACGUCGCUCGAUCGGUUCACAACAUCAGCAAUCGCGGUCACGUGCCAUUGGAUGGAAAGGAAAGAGAGAAAAACCAUUCUGAGCUCAAGAUAGAAAUAUGCAUGGUCGUUUGUCCCCAUCACCGACAAGACCAAAAUCUCGCUUCCUCUAUCGAUUCUGCUCACAAUAGUGCUUCCACUGRGGACGAGGUUUCUGAGACCGAUGCUUUUGCAGUACAAGACCAUACGGCAAGCUUGCAACUCGUUCGGAUGGUCAAUGGAGUUCCGAUUCUAGACAGUGCMGAGGCACAUUCUUGUGGCCUUGUCCAUGGCCUCGCCAACAAAAUUGUAUGGGGAUCGUUUGGACUCGAUAUCGAGAGGAACACAACGGUGGCUUCCGACGCUACGGCUUUGGACYCAUCAGAUGUAUCAUCGUGCACGCCAAGAUUUCAUUUAAGAGACAGCAAUCUUAUAACUCCAUUCAUCCGCAGAAAUCUCAACCACAAGCAACUAAAGGCCGACGAUCAGCAAACGAUYGGUGGUGACUGYCUUCCGGUGGAAGAGAAGAAAAAACGAAAGAUGGACAUGCUUUCACAAAACGACAUUCUUCCAGCAAACGUUCGAAUUGGUUCGAUGCUUGUUGUCGUCCACAUACGWGCGGCUCCGUCUUCCUUACCUCUACCAACCCUUAGUAAGGUGAGUGCAUAUAUUUGUUUGCUUGCCUCUUUCUUUGCUUUCGCWCGUCUGGUUGCACAGAGAAAGCAUUGAGAGAUGGCAGUGAAAGUAGCACUGACCAUUCCCUUCAUUGCCCUUUUCAGGGACGACUUCCUCUCAAUCACGAGCCCAUCGACUCGGCCCUGCAACGGGGCUUGCGUGAGUGCCUCUCGARUCUGCAGUCUACGAAUCCGACGCUGUUACUAACUACCACGCAACUGCGUGCGGUAGAAAGAGAGGUCCGGUUCAUUCCGGGGAUUGCAUCCGCCGUGUCUCGCAUCGUGUGCCGGAGCAGCAACGAGGUUCUGCGACGCAAGAGCCUAGGAAUCUUCCAAAACGUGGGCUGCGUAGACAAGGAUUGCGAUUCAGAAUCGUCCACGAUCGWAGAGGAACUGCAUUGCGGACGAGAGGACMUAAAGGUYGGCGCCUCUUCACUUGCUACCGCGUUUGAAAGUCGGCUCCGACUGGCAAUGAGAAUCAAGAACGAAGCAAUGAAUGCAAAAAAUAGAAGAAGCAAGAAGAAAAGAGGCACCGUCGCAACAGAUCGUGACAUGGACAAGGAAGAAGAAUAUCUGGAUUUUGACAGCGACGACGAAACCUAUAGCAUAACGAAGUUGCCUCGAUGUUCUCCGGUAGACAGCAAGCCCGGCUCGAUCUCUCUGUGUUCUUUGUCAGGAGAACCAGACCAUCGGUUGCUUGAAACAGAUUCGGAUGUUUCCUUCAAAUCGCUUGUGCCUGUACCACGGCAUAGAACAGAUGCAGGAGCCAAAAAGGAGCUCCCUUUGAGUGAAAUUGUAGUUGGGGAUUGGUGCAAUCGAGCCGUCAAGGGAGACAGAGACGAGGAUGGUUUCGAUGAUUGGUGGUAGAUCGCAAUGUUUUGUUUGUGCAUCAUUUACCUUCUGACGGCUUAGUUCCUAUUU